GACGCGGAUGUAAACAAACCGCGGCCAGCUGCUCGCUGGUCGUGUGAGUGUUUUAUUGAAGUUUGAGGUCUCUUCUGCAUGUUGUCAGUCAGGACCUGAGACAGAACCUCUCCCCCUGGACCUGUGGUGCAGGUUCUGCUCGGAUCUCACUACCUUCCUGGGGUCCUGCUCCAGUGCGAGUCCCAGGGUCUUCACGGUGCGUUCAUGGUCUUCACGGUGUAACGUUUUGGCAGUCGGAUCAUCUUUCGCUUUCAGAGUCUCCCCUGGACACCCGCCUCUCCACUGAGGCAUUAACAGCAGUUUGUGAUGUCCUGGGUGAUGCAGCGGUACAGUGACGUCAGCCCUGUGACUCUGCAGGUGGGGGGUGGGGCCAUGAGAUCCAGUCUUUUCUGUGGAGAGGUGGAGGGUCUGUCACAGGUGGAGUCCUUCCUGGUGGAGCUUUAUCGCUGUAAACUCUGCCAGUUCACCUGCGGCCUCAAAACCACCAUUAGCACCCACCUGCUCAAGCACCGACCCCCCACCCUACCAUAUCUGGGGACAUCCGAGGGUGGGGUUGAGGCGGGGGUUGAGGCGGGGGUUGAGGCGGGGGUUGAGGCGGACGCAGGGCUGCAGCGAGGGGUGUCACCUUAUCAGCUGGAUCUGAACACAGAGUCUAAACAGAGUGACGAAGACGAGGAGUUCCUGCUCUACAACAUGCUGGACAACAUGAGCCCACCCGCUUGUGACAUAGCCAAUGAGGGGGGGCUGCAGGUGGCACACACUUGUGAGGUCACUACUCUGUUUGAGGAGGAGGAGGAAGAGUCCCCCAUCUUCCCUCUGAAGAGAGGAGCAGUGGACCUGCCGUGUCCCAGCAACCCCCCCACCAGCCAGGAGGAGAUGGCACAGUCCGCCCACCUCAUGACUCUGGGACUGUGUCGGAUCUCUGCCGCCAAACCUCCUCCUCCGGCUCCCGCCGACCCCUCCCCCGACCAGCAGCAGGGCAGGACCGACGGACAGACGGAAACGCAACCCCACGGCCGCCGCAGGCUUUGCCUCCUGUGUCCGCAGACGCUGCCGUCACGGCGGCUGCUGGACAUCCAUGUCAGGUCUCACCGUGCCGGUGGCGGCUUCGGCUGUGUCCGCUGUAGCUGGACGGCAGACAGCUGGGAGGAGCUGGAACCUCACUGGAGGGGCCACUGGAGGAGGAAAAGCAGAAAGAAGAGGAGGAGGAGGGAGGAUGACGAAGCAGUCUGUCGGAGGAUGAAGAGAGAAGCAGCGCCGCAGGACGAUAAAUCUGCAGUUUCAGACAAAUGGAGAGCCCAGACAGACAUGAAGGAGGCAGAGCCGCCUGACAGGUCAGCUCCCAGUAAGACCAGUAGACCUCCGGCUGGUUUAUCGCCAAGCAUCUCGGAAACCACAAAGAAGAGCAGAAAAAAGAAAAAAGAACAGAAAGAAGCUGACAGCAGAAAGCAGACAGGCUUCUGCUGCUCGCUCUGCCACAGGAAGUUCUCGUCAAAGCUCACGUUGAGGCGUCACCUGGGGGUUCACGGAGGAGAGAAACCAUUCACCUGUCCUCACUGCUCCUACAGCGCCAGACUGAAAGCCUCACUGUUGCAGCACCUGAGAACGCACACAGGUGAAAAGCCAUACAGGUGUCCCGAGUGUCCCUACGCUUCCAUCGACCACAGCUCUCUGUUAAGACACCGCAGGACUCACAGUCUGGAGAAGCCGUACAGGUGUCCACAUUGUGACUACAGCAGCAUCCAGAAGAAGAGUUUGGGCCUCCACGCCCGGCGCCAUCACACUGGAGAGGUGUUUUCAUGUCAGCAGUGCGAGUACUCGAGCCCGGACCGCCAGCUGCUGCAGAGACACAUCCGCAGACACCACGCCCCCCCCCAACACGCCUCCCCGCUCUGACUGGACUGAUGAUGUCACAUGCUUGCAUGGACUCUCAAAAGACUUUGUUUAUAUCUGAUGACUUUAAAUUGAAAAUGAAAACUGUCAUGUAAUAAAAUACAGAACAGUCACGUCCA